UUUUGCAACCCAAGUGAAUUCUCCCCUAUUGACAACAUGUGUUGUAACUACUACGGCAGCUCCUGUGGCUCUGGCUCUGGCUAUGGCUGUGGAUACGGCUCUGGCUAUGGCUGUGGAUACGGCUCUGGCUAUGGCUGUGGAUAUGGCUCUGGCUAUGGCUGUGGAUACGGCUCUGGCUAUGGCUGUGGAUACGGCUCUGGCUAUGGCUGUGGAUAUGGCUCUGGUUAUGGCUGUGGAUAUGGCUCUGGCUAUGGCUGUGGAUAUGGCUCUGGCUAUGGCUGUGGAUAUGGCUCUGGCUAUGGCUGUGGAUAUGGCUCUGGCUAUGGCUGUGGAUAUGGCUCUGGCUAUGGAAGUGGCUGUGGUUAUGGCUCCUACUACAGGUCCGGCUGUUGUGGCUCUAGACCAUCUUGCUACAGAAGAUGCUAUUCCUGCUGCUAAAACAUCCCUAGGAGAGGACCAGUUGCUUCUGAAAUGACACUUCUGAAGAUGACGCUUCUUUUAAGACCCAUGGCCAGGAUCUCUAUGCCCAAGAAACUACAAACUUGACAAAAUCUUUGACCUCCACCUGCACAUAUUUAGAAGAAAUCUUUGUGAUGGUGGGAUCUACAGUAUCAUCUCACUGGUUCUCAAAUGUCAGUCUUUGCUCUCUUGCCCUCUGGUUCUAUUGUCUGAAUGUGUUAAUGGCUGUAACAUCUACAGCUGGGAACAUAAUUUAUUUUCAAUAAAA